AUUCCGAAUGCAUAUUGUGUGCGAGUGUGAGUGUAUAUAUAAUUAGAUUACAGAAGACGCAUGUAUGUAUGUAUGUCUGUGCAAGUGUUGAAGAUUGCCAGAUUUAACUGCUGCUAGGGAGUAAGUGAAAGUUGAAUCUGUGGGACCAUGAUAAAGGACAACGGUGGUAGUAGUGUUCAAGUUACACAUGCUGGAAGGAUUCGGCGGCGCAAGGCUUCAAACGAGGUUCCAGCAGAUGCAGGGCAGACUAUUGGAAAGCAGUUGUUGGUAAAUGACAAAAACAAGUACAGGUCAAUGAUGAUUCGAGCGUAUUCAAGUAUUUGGAUGAUUGGUGGCUUUAUAUUUGUUGUGUACAUGGGGCAUCUCUAUAUUUGGGCCACGGUUGUGAUCAUCCAAAUAUUCAUGGCAAAAGAGCUAUUUGGUCUACUAAGAAAAGCAAAUGAAGACAAACGACUCCCUGGAUUCAGGAAUUUAAAUUGGCAUUUUUUCUUCACAGCAAUGUUAUUUGUAUACGGUCGCAUUCUUAGUCAACGGCUUGUGAAUACGGUGGCAACAGACAAGUUUUUGUAUAAGAUUGUGGCCAACCUUAUCAAGUAUCAUAUGGUUACCUGUUAUUUCUUGUAUAUAGCAGGUUUCGUUUGGUUCAUUCUGUCAUUAAAGACGAAGAUGUACAAGUAUCAGUUUGGGCAAUAUGCAUGGACACAUAUGAUCCUUUUUGUGGUGUUCACACAGUCCUCUUUCACAGUAGCCAAUAUUUUCGAAGGAAUUUUCUGGUUUCUUCUUCCUGCAUCACUUAUUGUGGUGAAUGAUAUUACUGCCUACAUCUUUGGGUUCUUCUUUGGAAAGACACCAUUGAUCAAGUUAUCUCCAAAGAAGACUUGGGAGGGAUUUAUCGGAGCAUCGGUUACUACAAUUAUAUCUGCCUUUGUGCUUGCUAAUUUUUUAGGUCGCUUCCAGUGGUUAACUUGUCCAAGAAAGGACCUCUCCACUGGUUGGCUUCAAUGCAACCCUGGCCCCCUCUUUACGCCUGACAACGUUACUUUACCUGCAUGGCUUCCCGAAUGGUUUCCAUGGAAAGAGAUGCAUGUUUUGCCUGUGCAGUGGCACGCAUUGGGUCUUGGACUUUUUGCCUCUAUUAUUGCUCCUUUUGGAGGCUUCUUUGCUAGUGGUUUUAAACGAGCCUUUAAGAUCAAGGAUUUUGGGGAUAGCAUUCCUGGACAUGGUGGAAUCACUGACAGAAUGGACUGUCAGAUGGUGAUGGCUGUGUUUGCAUACAUCUACCAUCAGUCGUUUAUCGUGGCUCAAAGUGUGUCAGUUGGGAUGAUUCUCGACCAGAUUGUAAUGAAUCUGUCUUACGAGGAGCAACGGGUAUUGUACGGUAACCUAGGAGAAAUCAUCCAAUAUAGGCAGUUUGGUGAAUCUUGAAGUUUGCAGCAUACAUAACCGGCUGUGCUGGUGUAUAGUAAUGGUAGAUAGGAUUCCUCGACUCAACCCAUCUCUCUUUAAGAUGUAGAUGACUGAGCCGUCUUUUGUAUCAAAAUUUCAUUCAAAGUUGUCCCAGAAACAGUGAUCUAUAAGUAUAUCAGGUUUUCUUGUUGCUACAUGCUGUUGUAAUAUCAUUUAAGAUUGUAAAUGUGAAAUAUGAAAAAAAGCUCACCAUGCAUCGGGGAGGGUUUUGCAUCUCACACCCAAGAACAUGUGUUGUGGUCUUGUGGAGAAGUGAAAUGUAGUGAAAUAUUUGCUUUCA